UAGCACACUGCUGUAGAGCCAGAAGUGUCUCAAGCAUGUCAUACGUUUGAUCUAAUACAGUACAAUGCACUAUUAGUUGCCUAUGGUUGUAGCAUUGAGGAGACUGUGGAUCAUGUCCUUUUAUGGAUUUUUUAAAAUGAUUUGUAGGAUGAUUCCAGUAGGCCUCUGUUUAUACACAUUUCAAUUUGACAAACAAAAUUCAGCACUCCACCUGAAUUGUAUUCCUGUUACUGCAAUGCUUUAUUUUAUGGAGCUGUAAUUUACAAUUAACCAACUUUGCGAAAUUGGUAACCUGGUACUUAAUAAAUAGAAAAUGGAGACAAAUGUUGUAGGACCGUAAUUUUAGUUGGGCUUGGAAUUGAAAUGAUCGACAGCAGCUUUAAUGAAGCAAAAAUGACUAAAACAAAUCACUGGUUUCAGCAUCUCCAUUGUGAGGAUAACCUGCUUUUCUCUGUUAUAUUCGCUAUAAAUUGAAUAUUUGAAGGUUUUGGACUGUUGGUCGGACAAACAUUUGAACUUUUUUAAGAUGUUUGUGCUCAGGGAGACUUAACGUUGAUCCGGGCCGGUUAGUUGUGUUGAGUUUAUGAGCAGUUGUUGGGUUUCUUAACUGUCCCAUUUAGGCUAAAUACAACUUACAAGAUCUUUAUAGAAUUAGACUACUUGAUUAGUCCAUUAGUCGAUCUACAGAAAAUUAGUUGGCAAUCAUUAGAAAAUCUGCAACCAUUCUUUGAUUUCAGCUUUCCCAUGUGAGUAUUUACUGCAUUUUUCUGUUUUACGUCAUUGUAAACUGAAUUUAUUUUGGGUUUCGGACUUAUGGUCGAACAAAACGAGACAUCUGGAGACUUCAGGGAACCACGGUUGACAUUCUUCUGAGUUUUCACACAUUUUUAUAGACAAAACGGAUCAAUUGAUUCAUCAUAAAAUAAAAUCGAAAAGAAUUUAAGUGAGUGUUCUCUUAGUUAAUUUUAUUUGUAAAGGCCAAAGUCAAAAGGAAACGCCUGCAAACUAAUGUAAACUCAAACGUCUGCCCGCCAAUCUACAUGAACUACACCUCCAAUGAUGCAGCGCUCCCAGAGAGGCCGCCCUCCUUCUUUCCCCCCACGUGAUGGUCUCCGACCAAUGGGGACUGUCGUUACAGGCGCAAUGCGGUUGUCGGGAUGUAAGGAGGAAUGGCGACGGUCGACACGGUUUUGGACGCCAGAGUAGAGCUGAAUGUGACCAAACAGAAGCUGAACACAGGUUUCAACCCCUUCACCUCCAACUAAACCGUUAGUGAUAGAGAAUCCACAAAUGGAAACUGAAGUAACCGUGACCACCUCAUUGAGCGCGGCCUCGUCCUCCGCUCCGCACGCUUUGACCGCCCAGGCCAAUCUGGCAGCAAAGCAGCGAGACAGCAGAAAGACCACAUCCACGACUCCCGCCUUCCUCUCCAACCUGGGGAGGGCCACCCUGCGGGGGAUCCGCAAGUGUCCGCAGUGUGGCGUCUACAACGGCACCCGUGGGCUCAGCUGCAAGAACAAAGCCUGUGGGAUUUCCCUCAGAAAUGCCUCCGCCGCGGCGGGCAGGAACAGCAAGAAAUGUGCGUUGGAGGUGGUGAAGGUGAUCAUAGACAGCGAGGAGAGAGCUGGGAAUGAGCGUGAGGGUGGAGGAGACCUGGGCGGCGGCUCAGGUGGGGGAGUGCAGGUGUUUUCGGUGUGUCACCGAGGAAGAGGAGCCACAGCCACGCAGUUGGGCUUUGUCGAGCUCGUCCCCACCGACACGGCUAUAGCGACAGGGGACGGCGCCACGCUGCUUACCCGCAUCAACCUGGGCCGCUGCUUUUUGCCGUCGUGCAGGCAGGGUCAAAGGUCAAAUCAGGGCGAGACGGAAUCAGCAGAGGCCGGCUCAAAACAGUCCUCGGACAGCCUCUGCGUCCACAUCAAGCAAGCCAUAGAGUGCCAGAGCCGUGCGACUCCGCUGACGCUGAAAAGCUCGGUCCUGGAGGGUCUGCAGGCCUCCAUACAAGCCAGGGAGGAGCUGUGGAGGCUGGCCACAGAGUCCCCGGGGCCCCUGGUGCAGCGCGUCGCAAAAGACCGCAUGGUGGUGAAGUGCCACACGUGUUCCCAGCAUCCUCUGGGGCUGCUGCAUCUCACUGUGGGCGCAGGCGGACUGUCUGGGAUUUGGAAGAGCGAGAGAAGGGGCCGAGAGCAGCGGCAGCAGCAGCAGGCCGUCUUUCACUGUGCCUGUCAGGUCAGCAGCAGCAGCAGAAGAAGUAGAGCUGGUGUCGAUGGAGCCGGUGGACCCACCGACUCUCACCCCCCACCUCCGAGCGCUGCCACGUCACAACCCUGCCUGCACUUCUACGCCUGUGUGUGCGCCUUUGCAAGCGAUGAGAAACUGGCGUCAGAGUUUGCUGCUUUCAUCAGCUACACCCCGAGUGGUGUCCAGCAUAACGCUACCAGUAGACUAAUGAGUCCCAGUGAGAAGCCUCUGCAACAGGCUGGACCCAUCAGCUCUCAUCAUAAAACAAAGAAAGUUCGCCUGGAUGACACUCUCUCUGGGAGUGCGCAGGCUGUGGAUGAGCGCACAGUGGCGAUGGGCUUCCAGCAGUGGCUGGCCAGCGUCACCGAGAGGAUCCACCAGGCGAUGCACUACCAGUUUGAUGGGAAACCACAACCUCUGGUGUACCACAUCCCCCAGGAGUUCUUCCACGCCCUGCAGCAGCGGCUGUCGCUGGGCUCCAAGAAGAGGAGGCUGCCCAACUUCACCACAGCGUUUGUGAGAAAUGAUGGCCUUCCUCUCGGCUCUUUCUCCAAGUACACCUGGCACAUCACCAAUCUCAUGCAGGUCAAACGCAUCUUCGACACCUCAGAGUUGCCUCUGGAGCUCUCUCAGAGUUUUGUAAAGAACGCCGACGGCUCCUAUUCGCGGUUUCGCUGCCCUGAGCCUCCGCCUGAACAAGAACUACCAGACGGAUACAGGACGGAUCGGCCGCAGGCCAUACGACCGAUGGAGCUCCGCACUUUCCUCAAAGUCGGACCAGCAGAUCAGAAGGAGGUCAGUCCGUUUGUGAUCGAGUGGAUCCCAGACGUUCUCCCUCGCUGUCAGAUGGGAGAGCUCCGGAUCAGCUUUGAAUUUGGCCACCAGCAGAGUGGUCAGCCGGAGAACUGUGAGAAAACGAGUGCGGCGGAGAAAGGCGGUCGUAACAAGUCGGACCUAACCCAAUCCAAACACAAAAAGGCUGUUGACAUACUUCAGAUGGUUGUCUAAGAGUAACCCGUGUCAACACCUGCAACAAUGCGUUUUGUCAUGACAGAUAUGGAGGAAUAUAACUCAUAUUUACAUGUACAGUAUGUGACUUACCUCAUAUAUCCAUGUUAUAUUAUGCAACGUAUCAAUUGCCAUGUCA